UAUCGCUUAGCCACCACGAUCUAUCGCUAUCUAUUAUUAUUAAUUAAAACAACGCAGCGCGUGGAGGUGGAGGAAAAAUUUGUGAAAAGUGCAAAAACGCAGCGCGUGAAGCAAGUUGGCGACAUCGAUCGUGUAUAUUAUUAAUUAAAAUUCCGUCAAGUCAAAAAAGCCGAGUGGUGUGUGUGUUGUGAAUUGUUUGCUGCUCAGGCUAAAAAUCAAAUCAAAAUACGAAUUCGUAUUGAAUUAUUCAAAUUCAUUCAUCGAAUGACAUCCAGUGUCCGACCAAAAUAUUAAUGCUAUUGCAAAGAUGAUCAUGAUGACAUUGAUAAGUGCCAGAAAUUGUGAUAAACAACAAGAAACAAAAUGAUAAUCAUUUAUUAAUAAAUAAAUUAAAAAGGGCAACGGCAGAAAAUGUGAUACGAAAAAAUAAAAUGAAGAUUUAUAACAAGCACACAAGUGUAUCUGUGAAUCUUAUAACAAUCAAAAUCACACAAAUGUUUUUAUUAUAAUGCAAAUAAAGUGCCUUAGUGAAGAAUUUGCCGAGUGUUAAAUAAAAGCAAAAAAGCAAGCUAAUAUAUUUUAAUCUUAAUAAUAACAAGAAUCUACUUGCUUACUUGCCUCAAACCAAGACUAGUAAGCUGCUCAACAUAAGACCAACAACAGCAGCAAUUCCUUACAAAAUACAGCAUAAAGAAGAAGAAAAUCAGCUGCAUGGAGAGGCAGAAAAUCUCCGCCACACACACACAUCUCCCAAAAAAUAUAUAUUUAUAAAUAUAGUAACCUCAAGUAUUUAUUAAAAUAAUAUCGUUGCUGCCGUUUAGUCUACGCGCGCGUGACAGUGUGUGCGUGAGUGUGAGUGUGUGUGUGUGUGUGCCAGUGUGUGUGUGUGCGUGUGUGUCUGUUUUGUGUCGUGCGUGUGUGGGUGAGAGCGCGGAGCAUUUUGUGAUAUGAGUGCUAAAUAUCACAAAGAGAAGAAGCAGCAGCAUAAUGCAUCCAGCGGGCGAAAAAAGGGGCGGUCGCCCCAAUGAUAAAUACACAGCGGAAGCGCUCGAGAGCAUUAAACAGGAUCUAACACGAUUCGAAGUACAAAAUAAUCAUAGAAAUAAUCAGAAUUACACAGCUCUGCGAUAUACCGCCGCGAAUGGUCGUAACGAUGCAACCGAGUACCACCAUGCAAAGCUGGCACUGGAACCGCCUCCGUCGGCGUCACCGUCGCCCGAUGUCGUUGUACCGCCAUCGCCGGUCGGCGGUUCCGUGGCGUUGCCGACGGCCAACGGACAUGUGCCAAAGAUAAUCAACUCACUGAUACCGCCCAAGUUAAUACGCAAGCCGAGCAUCGAGCGGGAGACACCGACGCAUUAUCUACGCUGCAGUCCGGCGUUGGACUCGGGCGCUGGCAGUUCCCGCUCCGACAGUCCGCACUCGCACACCCACCAGCAGCUGAGCGGUCGGGCGAGCACCGGCCAAUAUUCGCCGUCGCCCAGCAGCUUCAGCGAUGCAGCGCCGCCAGCGCCACCGCCGCGCAAUCCCACUGGAGUGGGAGUGGGCAGCUCGGCGACACCACCGCCACCACCACCCACCAAUCAGAUGUUCAAACGUCGCUCGCCAGCCCUGACUCGUCCCGCUGCAAUAACGCCCAGUUGCCCCACAACGCGUGGCACGUCGCCGGUGAUACCACAGAAUGGUGGAGGCCAAGGGGGUAUCAAGACGCAACAGCAGCUGACGCAGCAAAUGAAGGCACUCAACAUGUAUCAAGGGGCGAGCAGUGGUGCAGUUGUGGAGCCACCGCCGCCGUACAUGCUCAACACGGUGGUAUCGGUGGUAUCGGCAGCACCACCACCACCGCCCAGCUACACCGCCUCCAUGCAAUCGCGUCAGUCGCCGACGCAGUCACAGCAAUCCGACUACCGCAAGUCGCCCAGCAGUGGCAUCUACUCGGCCACGUCGGCGGGCUCGCCAAGUCCGAUCACCGUGAGCAACAGCAGCGGCAUUUUGCCAGCCUCAACGGGCGUGGGCGUGGCAAGGCCACAGCCACGUGUCUAUCAGGCGCGCACGCAACAGCCCAUUAUCAUGCAGAGCGUCAAGUCGACGCAGGUGCAGAAACCGGUGCUGCAAACCGCCGUGGCACCACAAUCGCCGGUCAGUGCAUCCGCGAGCAAUUCUCCCGUGCAUGUGCUUGCCGCACCACCCUCCUAUCCGCAAAAGUCGCCGGCGGUGGUGCAGCAACAGCAACAGGCAGCAGCCGCUGCUCAGCAGCAUUCCCCCCUCCCCCUGCUCGUGCCCACGCCCGUCGUUGUGGCAGGUGCGGUUAAGCCGCCGGCGGCCACAACGCCCCCUCUGUUAGUCAAUGCACUGAAUGGUGGUGCGGUGGUCAGCAAGGGAGCCGCCAUGGAGCCACCCUCCUAUGCCAAGAGCAUGCAGGCCAAGGCGGCCACAACGCCGCAGCCACAACAGCAGCAACAGUUGCAGCAACAGCAGCAGCAGCAGCAACAACAACAGCAGCAGCAACAGUUGCAGACGUUACGUGCGUUGCAGGCGCAACAACAACAGCAGCAGCUGCAACAACAGCAACAACUACAGCAGCAGCAGCAGCAACAACAGCAAAAGCAACCGUUGCCCGUGAGCAGCAAUGGCAAUGGCAAUCGACAGCUGCCGCCGCCGCCGCCGUAUCAAAGUGCACGUGUUACCACGCCCGAGUUGGCCAACAGCCACAGCAACAACAACAACAACAACAAUGUCAACUUGACAGCUGAAAUGAAACCUGCUUGCAAUAUUAACAACAUCAACAAUAAUAAUAAUAACAGCAACAACAACAACAACAACAUACAAAUAAGCAACAGCAAUUUGGCAACAACACCACCAAUUCCACCAGCCAAAUACAGUGGAAGUGGUGGCAACAAUGGCAACAGCUCGAGUGGCAGCAACGGUUCAACUGUUGCCUCAGCAGCAGCUGCCUGUAAGAAGAUCAAACAUGCAUCUCCGAUCCCGGAGCGCAAGCAAAUCUCCAAGGAGAAGGAGGAGGAGCGCAAAGAGUUUCGAAUACGACAAUAUUCGCCGCAGGCUUUCAAAUUCUUCAUGGAGCAACAUAUCGAGAAUGUGAUUAAAUCGUAUCGCCAGCGAACGUUCCGUAAAAAUCAGUUGGAAAAGGAAAUGCUUAAGGUUGGACUCUCGGAUGAAACACAAAUCGAGAUGCGCAAGAUGCUCAAUCAGAAGGAGAGCAAUUACAUACGCCUCAAACGGGCCAAGAUGGACAAGAGCAUGUUCGUCAAGAUUAAGCCCAUUGGCGUUGGGGCAUUCGGUGAGGUGACUCUGGUCCGUAAAAUCGACACCUCGAAUCAUUUGUAUGCGAUGAAGACACUGCGCAAAGCGGACGUCCUCAAGCGCAAUCAGGUGGCUCAUGUGAAAGCCGAACGUGAUAUUCUGGCCGAGGCCGACAACAAUUGGGUUGUCAAGCUAUACUAUAGUUUUCAGGAUAAGGAUAAUUUAUAUUUCGUUAUGGAUUACAUACCCGGUGGUGAUCUGAUGUCGCUGCUGAUCAAGCUGGGCAUCUUUGAGGAACCGCUGGCACGUUUCUAUAUAGCUGAGAUCACCUGCGCCGUCGACAGUGUGCACAAAAUGGGCUUCAUUCACAGGGACAUUAAGCCCGAUAACAUACUCAUUGACCGGGAUGGACACAUAAAGCUCACCGAUUUCGGUCUUUGCACUGGCUUUAGAUGGACGCACAACUCCAAAUACUAUCAAGAGAAUGGUAAUCAUUCGCGGCAGGACUCGAUGGAGCCUUGGGAGGAUUACUCGGAGAAUGGUACAAAGCCCACAGUGUUGGAGAGGCGACGCAUGCGGGAUCAUCAAAGAGUCCUGGCACACUCACUGGUCGGCACACCCAACUAUAUAGCUCCAGAGGUGUUGGAACGCAGCGGUUAUACACAACUAUGCGAUUACUGGAGCGUUGGCGUCAUUCUCUACGAGAUGCUGGUGGGACAGCCACCUUUUCUGGCCAACAGCCCAAUGGAAACACAACAAAAGGUCAUAAAUUGGGAGAAGACGCUUCAUAUACCGCCGCAAAAUCAGCUAUCACGGGAUGCAAAAGAUUUGAUACGACGACUCUGCGCAUCGUCGGAUAAAAGGCUCGGCAAGAGCGUGGAUGAAGUCAAGGGUCACGAUUUCUUUAAGGGCAUUGACUUUGCGGAUAUGCGCAAGCAGAAGGCACCAUAUAUACCGGAAAUCAAACAUCCCACAGAUACGUCCAACUUUGAUCCCGUUGACCCCGACAAGUUGCGAUCAAAUGAUUCCAAUUUGAGCAGCGGCGAUGAUAUCGAUCUGAAUGAUAGGCAAUUCCAUGGAUUUUUCGAAUUUACAUUUAGAAGAUUUUUCGAUGAUCGGCAGCAGCCGGACAUGACGGACGAUCAGGCGCCGGUUUAUGUCUGAUCUCGGUCAUAAUAUACAUACAUAACAUAUAUCAUUGUUAGUCAAAUAGUCACAAAUGCUUGAGAAGACGCACGUUAACGGUGUGCCAAGAACGUGUUAACAGCGACGCUGUUAAGUCUUAAAAUUGCAGCAGCGUUCGUUAACAGUGUGCCAACAGCUUGUUAGCAGCAGCGCUGUUAUGUCUGCACACGUUGACAGUUUGCUUACAGCGUGGUAGCAUCAACACUGUUGAAUCUACACAAGUUAACAGCGCUGUUCAGUCAGCCUGGUUACAACUGCCUAGGUUAGCAGCAUGUUAACAGCGACGCUGUAAAGUCUUAAACUAUUUUUAAAAAAAUAUUCAUUUAGCGUUUUAGUGAAAUUUGUUGCCAAA